AUGGAGGCCUUGAAAGAAAAGAACAUUUUGGCCGCAGGAACGGUUCGCCCAAACCGCAAGGACUUAACUGACGAAAUCAAACGGGAUAACGAGCUACAGAAGGGACAGUAUAUCUGGCGUGCGAAAGGGAGCAUCACAGCUUAUCAGUGGCGGGACACGAAAAACGUACACGUGCUGUCCAACUUUCAUCACCCCAGCGACACUGAGGACGUUGUUCGAAAGCUUUCUAAUGGCUCAUCUAUAUCCGUCCAGUGCCCAAAAGCAGUCUCCGACUACAAUACCUGGAUGGGCGGAGUCGACAAGUUUGACCAAAGAAGGAACGCAUACCCGGUGGAUCGACGAUCAAAGAAGUCGUGGUACCGAAUUUUUUACUUUCUGCUGGACGCAGCAAUAGUAAAUGCUUUUCUUCAAAUGAAAGCAGUCAGUGAAAUGAGCUACCUUUGGUUCCGGCUCGUCCUUGGUCGCCAGCUGAUAAACGGGCAAACAUUCAAAGGGUCCAGCAAUCGCCCGUAUCGAGUCAACAAAAAAGGUGCCAAACAUGGCCAGAAAAUGGUAGGCGUUGCUGAUGAAGUCCGAUUUCUGGGAGCUGGACAUCACCCUCAGAAGAUUGCAAAAAGGAGGCGGUGUCGUUGGCGCUCGACUGCCAAGAAAGAAGCACGCACCAACCUUCUGUGUUCUGUGUGCAAUGUGCCCCUUUGUUCAACGUGUUUUGGACCUUUUCAUGCCGGCCGAAUGUAACCAAGGAGCCCUCAAGGAGCAUUGGU